AUGGAAGUCAAAAUAGUAAUAACAGUGGUGUUGUUAACUGCAAUUUAUGUGACCAAUGCGAAACCUAUGGAUGCUUUCCGUAAGUCAAUUUAAAUUUUUCUAUUCACAUUAAACGGUCAGUUUUUCUCUCUUUCCUUGCUCUUUUGAUAUUCCAAUAGACUUUUACUUUUUAGAGAAUAUAACAUUACUAAUCAACAGAUAAAUAACUAUGAAAGCGUUUGGAAUUGAAUAAAACCCAGUAAUAGAGCUGAUUUAUUUGAUUAUUGUAUUGGUUUGAUUUCUUCGUACGCUUACCUUUUGUUCAAUAUACAAGACUUUCAUUGGGAACCAAACAGGCUAAUUCCCAAACUCUAAAUUGACAACCGUUUUCCGUUAAUACCCUCAUCAAGUAGAGAAGCUCGAACUUAAGCAGUUUAUAACAUGUGUUAAUUCCUCUCGCACGUCUUUAAAAUAUACCUAUAUCACUUCAAUCGCUUUUCUUACCAUCAAUAUUUCAACCAGCGACAACGACCUAUGUAACAGUGUACACUACAGUCCCUCAGAUCCUCACAACAACCUCUAACAUUCAUUGCCUCAUCCACCAUAUUUCCAAAAAUUCACUCCAUAUUUUAAGGAAACUGCUAUUUCUAACGCUGUCGCUCAAAGGAACAUAUAUCCUAGACACGUUGACAAUGACACUUAUUUAACAUGGAAGAUACACUGAUAGAUCAAAGCAUUUAACAAAUUUGUGUAUUUUGCCUUUUUAGUCAACAGAGUCUUGAGAAGCAAUCCACUGCCUUGUUCGAAGGAAUGUUGCGAGAAGUGCUGUACUAACGUCUGCAACAGAGGCUGCAUCUUUACUUGCUGUGCAUCUCGCAAUCUAGGCCCGUAUCCCCCUCCUCCUCCCCCACCACCUCCGUAUCCUCCCCCGACCGCGAGAAUAAUUCCUGGCGCUUUAGGAGCCCCAGGUUUAUGCGGAUUACCAGGACCUCAAGGACCAAAAGGAUGUCCCGGUUGUCUUGGUCCACCCGGACCACCCGGACCCCCAGGACCCCCUGGUCGUUAA